CUCGCCGCCCACGUUCCCGCUCGGUCCUCCGCCGCGUCCCUUCGUGCGUGUCCGUGGGUCCGUGUCCGUACGUUCCUCAGCGCCUCCUCACGCCGUACGAGUCGCCCGCCGCUCUGCUCUGCCAUGCGCACAAGAAUAUGGCUGACGGUAACCCUGCUGGCCCUCGCGAUGGAGGCCGUGUGGAGUGACCCCCUCGGCGGCGGCUCCUCGGGGAGGAACGCGGCCAAGCCCCGCGCCUCGGCCCAGAUCUACCCUCUGGCGGACCGGGAGGGCAACUCCCUGUACGCCCUGCCGCCCAAGCUCACCGGGGAAAUGAUCCAGAGCCUGGCCAGGACCCGCCACUGGAGGCCCUACCAGGCCAUCGGCACGUCGUACGACGUCGCGAGAAAACCAGGCCAGUCCAGCCACCGGGGAAGGAGAGAUGCCACCAGCCCAGUGUGCCCUGAUGGGAAGGUGUUCCGCAGAGGUGUGUGCCAGUGCCCAUACCUCUCCGAGUGGGACGAGGACCAGGGGGCAUGCGUCUGCACCUACGGCACAUAUCGCGACAGCAGGGGUAACUGUCACCCUUACUUGUAGACUGCAUGACUACGUGGCAUGACAUGUCAUCAACAGGAUGGCAUGUCAUCAACUGGAAACCACUGAAGUGUCAUGGAGUUUGGACAUUCCCUUCUAAAGAAUAGCGAAGCAACAUGAAUCUACAGGGACUUCUCGGUAGACUUGAAGAAUGUGCAAGAAUAACUCAGUCUUGUUACAUACCUUAUACUAGUUACACUAGUACUACUUAACAAGCUGGUUUGCUGUUAGGAACUCACUAACAUUGUUUUUCAAUUUGAAAAAAAUUAUCACAAACAAAUAGAUGUCUAAACAAACAAUACAGUAAUUAUAUACUGUAUAUAUUAGAUGUAUCUGUAUGCCUAACUUAUGUAAACACACACACACACACACACACACACACACACACACACACACACACACACACACACACACACACACACACACACACACACACACACACACACACACAACAAACCACCAUUAAUUGUUAAUUAUGUCACAUAGGAUCUUGCUAUCUCCUCAGUCUUUUCCCAUUCUUCUUAUUUCUUCUCUAUUGGUUAAUCCAAUAACCAAUGGUUUCCUCUCUAAUGGUUAAUCCACUUCUAUGUAUAUAUUCCAACUACAGUUUCUCUUUCUUAGAACAUGAAGUAAUCUUAUGCAAAAAUUAAAUUAUAUAAAUGUUAAAUCACAAGUACAUAAAAAACACAGAUAGAACAAAAAAAAAAUCUCAUUAUACUGUGCCAGAUCGAAGUUCCAACACAGCAUGAAAUACUUUCCUUUAUUUCCACAUUUUUUAAGAAUUAAAGUCACUGUACUGACUUACUAUACCAAGACCGAAAAUAAAAAAAGAAAAUGAUGUGCCUCAAUAUCUCACUGAUUUCUGUUUUGUAUGCAAUUAGAAUAAAUAUAUAUAUAUAUAUAUAUAUAUAUAUAUAUAUAUACAAAAUUUUUCAACUCAUUAGUUUCACUAGGUUGUCAUAUUGACCCAGCAUUGAUUUUAAGGUUGAAACCUCUGAAACAUGUCAAAUAAUAAUAAUAAUAAAAAGUUCCAGAAUCAGUUGUGAUUGUAUAGAGGAGAUUUAAUAUUAUGUAUAUUCUUUCAAUAUAUGCAUGUACCUUAAUGAUAUUAUAGGCUAAGUUUUAAAAAAUGUAUAGCAUGAAACUUUUCACACUUAAUAAAUAUAGUCAGUCUUUGAUAAUUUUACGCUUGAUUACCAAAAAAAAAAAAGAAAAAAUGUAUAUUAGCUACUACAUGUAUGCAGCACAAAGCAUAAUAUUUAUUUUUAAUAUUACAGUAAAUGGCCAGUCAGCCAGAAUCAAUAUUCCCAAGACCCUCCUAAAAAUUGAUUUGAAAUUACGUUUAAAUAAUUAUCUGCCUAGAUCAUUUAUCUGAUUAAAAAAGUAAAUCAUGAUUUAACCCAAAUAUUAUGCUAAAUAUAUAUCACCUAUGUUAAUUGCCACUAAUACUGCCUUAUACAUACACAGGCAGGCAUAAUUAAACAAAACGAUACUAUGCAUUAAAAUAUGUAAAUUCAUAAUAAACUGCAUUUCAUUAUCUUUGUAUCUGCCAACCAAUUUACAAGCUAUUAACCCCAUUAUAUCUAUGUAUUGAACAAUGUAUUCAAGUAAUCAUUCAUGUAGAAGUAUCAAUAAAAUAAAAAUUAGACCCUG